AUGACUCUUACAGGCAGAAUUCCACAAGAUUUUGGGAAUCUCAUAUUUCUUCGUUCUCUUUACUUGGGAAGUAACAAUUUCAUAAGAAAUUUGCCUCAAGAAAUGACACGCUUGCAUCAGCUUAAGUUUCUUAAUUUAAGUUUCAACAAAUUCAGUGGGGAGGUUCCUUCUUGGUUUGGGUUCUUAUUCCAACUUCAGUUUCUAAAUAUUAGGAAUAACAGUUUCACUGGUUCCAUUCCUCCGUCACUCUCGAAUGCCUCAAGGUUAGAGACUUUAGAAAUAUCUGCCAAUUUACUUGAAGGAAACAUCCCGGAAGAGAUAGGCAAUCUUCAAAACCUGAAUAUGUUGUCCAUAGAACAUAAUCAGCUUACAGAUUCUAUACCAUUGACAAUUUUCAAUAUUUCUAGAAUCGAAGUCAUUGCAUUUACAAAUAAUAGCUUAUCAGGAGAUCUUCCCAAUGGUUUAUGCAAACAUCUAUCAAAAAACAAGCUUCAUGGUCAUAUGCCUAAAAGCUUGUCAAAUUGUUCAAAACAGCAUGGUUGGUUCUUUACCUACAUAAAUUGGAAAUCUAAAGACAGUGACACGAAUGGAUUUUUCGAUAAAUCAAUUCUCAAAUAG